AGAGGUCACUGGAGGUGUGUUUUUGAGGAUGAGACUGCAUGGACAUGCAUUCAUGGAAAAUUACUAUUAUGUUCCCAAAGUAUUCCUUUAGAGACUUAAAGUGCACUGUAAGUGGAGUGAGUUUGAAGUAGGCCAUACAGUCACCUAAUCUGACUUUGAUAUUUAUAUUUCUCAUGAGGAAAUUAGCGUCGCAAAUUUGCUUUUUUGAGGCUAUAAAAUCCUCAAAAAAUUAGGCUACUGUAGUGGAUUGUCCAAGGUGUGUGUGUCACCCAGCCCCCUCCCCUCUCUCUUUCUUUGCCCCUCCUCUGGAGUCGUCGGAAGAUCGCUCUCCAUCUAGCCGCGCAUCCUGCUCCAGACCAGGAUGAUCCGCCGCCGCACCGACACCGACAACCUUCACUUCACUUUCACACUCGUUUGACCCUUCACUCGGACCCCCCUGCCGGCCGCCGCGCUAUACCCAUGCUUUACCCUCCUCCUGAGAUGCGAUACCACUGCACAAUUUCCCGGAGAAUAUCUUCAUCUUCCGUCGCUCCUCGCUGAUAGAGAGCAUGCCCGACACGGGGUCGGCAGCGGCGGGCGCCGCAGCCGCGGCGGCCGCCAGCGCUGCGACCACCGCCGGCGACGGCCCCGAGAGCUCCCGGCACCGACACCGAGCGCAGCAGGGAGACGCGGAGAGGCCGGAGCCGGGCGCUGCCCCGCCACAAGCCUCCUCCGGUGUACUGGAUAAGUUGUUUGGAAAGCGGCUGCUGCAGGCUGGGAGACACAUCAUGUCUCAUAAGUCUUGGAUGAAAACGGUGCCCACAGAGAACUGUGAUGUGCUCAUGACAUUUGCAGACACUACAGAUGACCACACGUUGCUAUGGCUGCUGAAUCACAUCCGGCUGGGAAUCCCAGAACUCAUCAUCCAAAUCCGACAUCAUAAGCACACACGUGUCUACGCAUUCUUCGUCACCGCCACAUAUGAAAAUUUGUUGCGAGGUGCAGAAGAGAUGGGACUGAGGAAAGCGGUGAAGCCCGAGUUUGGAGGAGGAACACGGAGCUUCUCCUGUGAGGAGGACUACAUCUACGAGAACAUUGAGAGUGAGCUGUGCUUCUUUACCUCACAGGAGAGGCAGAGCAUCAUUAAAUACUGGCUGGACAAUCUACGUGCCAAACAUGGGGAGGUGCUUCAUAAUAUCAACUUCCUGGAGGGCCAGCCAAUCAUCCCAGAGUUGAGUGCAAGAGGUGUGAUCCAGCAGGUGUUUCCUCUCCAUGAGCAGAGGAUCCUGAGUCAGCUGAUGAAGUCUUGGGUCCAGGCUGUUUGUGAGAAACAACCCUUAGAUGAUAUCUGUGACUACUUUGGCGUGAAGAUUGCCAUGUAUUUUGCCUGGCUGGGUUUCUACACCACUUCAAUGUUAUAUCCUGCUGUGAUUGGUUUUGUGUUGUGGAUGCUCACCGAGUCAGAUCAGACAAGCCGUGAUAUCUGCUGCGUGGUGUUUGCACUGUUCAAUGUGGUGUGGGCCACUCUGUUUCUGGAACGGUGGAAGAGGAGGGGGGCUGAGCUAGCGUACAAGUGGGGAACACUGGACACGCCUGCUGAAUCCCUGGAGGAACCACGUCCUCAGUUCCGGGGAGUCAAGCGCUGCAGUCCUAUAACAGGAUGUGAGGAGUUCUACUAUCCUCCAUGGCGGAGACGUGUGUUCAGGUGGCUGGUCAGCCUGCCCAUCUGUAUCCUCUGUCUCUGUUUUGUCUUCCUGGUCAUGCUCAUCUGCUUCGAGCUGCAGGAGUUUGUGAUGGGGAUCAAGGAAAUGCCUCGGCUAGCUCGCUUCAUCCCCAAAAUCAUGCUAGCUAUCACUGUGACUGCAUGUGACGAGGUGUACAGGAAAAUUGCCUGCUGGCUCAAUGACAUGGAAAACUAUAGACUCCAGAGUGCCUAUGAGAAAAAUCUCAUCAUCAAAAUGGUUCUUUUUCAGUUUGUAAAUUCUUAUCUCAGCCUUUUUUACAUUGGAUUCUACCUCAAAGACAUGGAGCGGCUGAAAGAGAUGCUGCUGGUGUUGUCUCUGUUAAGGAGCCUACAGAGGCAGGUUCGGGUCAAUGUGCUGCCUUCCCUCUUCAUCAAGAUCCAGAUGCUUGUGGUCUCUGUUCCCUGGUUCUUCAGGGCUUUACUCAGGUCCAAAAUGCUGGCCACUCUGCUCAUCAUACGUCAGUUCCUUCAAAAUGUGAAGGAGGUGCUGCAGCCUUACCUGUAUGAGCGCCACAAGCUGGGCGAACUUACACUGCGAGCUGUGUGGGAUCUGCUGCUCUCAGUGCUGCUGAAAUACGCCCGGCUGGCAGCUGGAAAAGCCCAGGCCUCUCCCUCCGACCAGGCCAUGCCAGGACCUGGCCUGAGGGGCACCAGGCCUGGGGUGGGGCAGCCAGACAGAAGGGAAAAGAAGUGUUUGAACGGGGGAUGCGGGGUGCCUGAUGAAGAGGAGAGAGGUGAGAGGGACGAGGCUGACAGCGGGAGGUUCAGUGAAGGAGAGACCGAGGAGGAAAGUCUGAUCGACUGCGGUUUGAAACUGAGGAAAGUCAGCUUCAUAGAGAAGGUGGACAGAAGGCCAGCCUGCAGUGUGCCACCCAUGGACAACAGUUUCCUGGAGGAGGGAAGCCCUACUAUGGUGGAAAAAGGAAUGGACCCCGCUUCUGUGUUUGAAAUGUGUGACGACGACGAUGAUAACGGCAUCCAUGAUGUGAAAGAGUCAGGUGGGGCAGGGACAGGUGCAGCUGAGGGAAUUAAUGCUGCUGCUGCUGCUGCUGGUGCUACUGCUGCUGCCGCCAGUGGUGCCCAGCUGCCUUCUGGGCCUGAGAGCAGCACAUCAUUGCGACACAGAAGAAGAGGCAGGAGUGUAGAGAGGGUUGAACCUAAAACGAAAAGGGAUUCAUGGAUUGACCCCCCCGAGGAAAGAGAGAACACCACGCUCACUCAGGCUGAGAUAGAGAGCUGCAUGCAGACUUAUGAGGACACCUUCCAGGACUACCAAGAGAUGUUUGUCCAAUUUGGCUACGUGGUGCUCUUCUCCUCAGCCUUCCCCCUGGCUGCCAUGUGCGCUCUCAUCAACAACAUCAUUGAGAUCCGCAGUGAUGCCUUUAAGCUUUGCACUGGUCUGCAGAGGCCCUUUGGACUGAGAGUGGAGAGCAUCGGCCAGUGGCAGACUGCGAUGGAAGCCAUGGGUCUGAUUGCCAUCAUAGUGAACUGUUACCUGAUUGGUCAGUGUGGUCAGCUGCAGCGUCUCUUCCCGUGGCUCAGCCCUGAGAUGGCCAUCAUCUCAAUCGUCAUCCUCGAGCACUUUGCCAUCCUCCUGAAGUAUAUCAUCCAUGUGGCCAUUCCCGACAUUCCUACAUGGGUCCGAGAGGAGAUGGCUAAACUGGAUUAUCAGCGCAGGGAGGCCUUUAAGAAGCAUGAGCGGCAGGCGCAGCAGCAUUACCAGCAGCUGCAGAGGAGGAAGAGGGAGGAGGAGGAGAGGCAGAGGCAGGCGGAGCAUAUGGCCCGUAGAGAAAGGGAGCGGGACGACAGCAAGGGCGACUCCUCUGGGGAUCACCACCAUGACAAAAGUCACGGCAGCAAAUCACGCCCCGGUGGUGGUGGAGGAGGGGGCGGCGGGUCAGACAAGCCCAAGAGGCCCAGCUCUCUGCUGGCCAAUAAUAAUGUGAUGAAGCUGAAACAGAUCAUCCCACUGCAGAGUAAGUUCUCCUCGGGUGGUGCCCGCUCCCCUCAGUCACCCACAGGCAGUGAGCCAAAGCUGCCUGGGUUCCUGAGCUUCAAAUUCCUCAAGUCACCUGAGAAUAAGAAGGAAUGUGCUGCGGCUUCUUCGGCUGCCACCACAGCCACAAACGCCACAGCGACAGCAUCAUCAUCAUCCUCAUCAUCAGGUAGCAGCUCUCAGGAGCGUUCUCAGUCACCCAGCAAAGCCUUCAACCCUGGGAAACUGUUUAAUUUUGGGAAAUCUGAGGGGGGGACAUGUGUGAAUGGGGCUCCGCUGCCCAGAUCUGGGGAAGGAUCAUCACAGACGUCAGAUAGACAAGUUUCCAGGUCUGACUUGAAUGGCGUACCAGAUGAGAUCCCCUCUCCUGGAGGGGAAGGGUCAGAAAAUGGACAUUCAUCAGACUUGGACCCAGUUGGUCCGAAAGUCUAGUAGCUCCAGAUUGAACAAACUUGUCUUUGGUUACAUCUCAACUAAAGAUGUGUUUACUGUGAGGAAAGGCCUAACCUUCCUUCUGUGCUGUCACAGGCCAUGUGUCGAAGUACUUGAAGCAGAGAAAGGAAAAGUUGAAACUGAUAAGAGGUGACUGUUGAUUUGGUUUGCCUUUUUUGCUGAGAGACAAAAAAAACAGGCUUCUUAAGAAAGACGAAACCCUCCUAUCAUGACAGAAAAUACACACACACAUGCACUCCCUUACACACACAAACAUACAAAUCCUUCCUUGUCUGCAAUACAUAAAGAAAUGCAUGAGCUGCGUUUCUAAUGUUUUUAAGCCUUUAAAGCAAAGAGCUGUGUUUCUUGAUUUCUUCUAGUCAGAAAUUGUAAGCAUCUCGGUGGCCUCCCACUAGGACGUAACAGCCUGUUGUGGAGGAAAAAGAUUUUUAAAAAAAAAGGUAUACAGUGGUAUGAAAGGAUCACCGAUUGUACAUCGAAUAACUACUGAGAGUGUUUUUAGCCAUCACAACACAAGUGAUUAUUAGAUAACUGUCUCAUUUUUAACUGUGAAGAAUUCUUGGGCCCUUCACUUUUAUAUUGAAGUGGAAAAAUGGAAAAGCAAUAUCAAUCAGUGUUUUAAUUAUAAGUAGUACUGCAAUUCUUAUCAAUCAUCACACAAACCCUCCCUUAAUAAGCAUCCCGGAUAUAUCACCAGCUUUAUUUUCAAAGCUGAGGUGAUGUCUGAGCUUUGUACACUUCUUCCCAUCCUGUGGCAGUAUCAGAUCUGUUUGAAAAGAAAGUAAAGAGCUUAGUAAGUCAAGCUGUCACAUACCGAUAUGUUUCCCAAGAGAAAAAGCAAAAAAAAAUAAAAAUAAAUGCAGAAGUAGACGUAGGUGAUUUUGAGAAAAAGGAGCAUGGAAGCCUGUUGCUUGCUGUUCCCCGUCCGAGCUUGUAGACCGCCUUGUAAACACAGAUGGUGCGCCAUUCCAUGAGCGCAGAGUUAAAGAAGAUACAUUUGCACUAAACCCUUACGCCCUGCAUAGAAACAUAUCUCUCUCUCUGCAGGAGAGAGGGCCGACACCAGCCUGCCUCAUAACAUUAUGCAAAAGCUGGAUCGUUCUGUUUUCCUCCUUUCACACACAGUACAUGCUAUCUACUCACCGGUCCCUGCUCCCAGCAACCGAGGGAUUUUUCCUAAAUAUUCAGAUUAGGCAUUUUUCUGUUUUUUUUUUUACAAUAGUUGCUCUUAUUUCUGUUGAGCUCCAUAUCUUUUUAUACGCACUAUUUGCUGCAUUGCUUUAUUGCAGUGCUGAUGAUGGGAAUUUCCUUUUUCAACCAAAGCGGUAUUUUUCGGAUUAUACUGUUAACCCAAGACAUAUGUGCUGUAUGUUCUGUUGAUCAUGUACACCAUGGAUCUACUGUAAAUUGUUAAGAGUAAUCAAGCCCAUCAUCUACCAUUAACCAGUAUUUCACUACUGCAGGGUGUCCAGAAGGUGGUGCCAGAGUUUAUCUGCAUAGCAAACAGUGUUGUUGAGCCACUUAUUUUGAUGUACCAUCGACUAUUUACCCAUGCCAUCAGUGUGUGAUACAGCAAGGGGAGCAGGCUGCAGUUUUAGAGCGCUUUGAAAGACAAAUGUAUUAGAUGGCCAUUAGAAAAGGUACACAUAGAGACCACCGUAGUUUGAGAGACGAAAACAUUAACUAUGCAUUUCAAUACCACCACCUCUGGCAAGGAUUUUGGCAAUAACACUGAGUUGCAGGAGACUUAUCUGUAAUACUAUACGUCUAAACUAACCCCUCCACCCGCGGCACCCAUCCUUCCUGCAUUAUCCCUAGCCAGACUCUAUGCACCAUGUCCCUGCUACAAAACCUUUUUCUUUGUGUCCGCUCAAUAUUCACCGUCAAUGUCAGUGAAUGCAGCACUCUAUGAGCUCCUUCCUAUCUCAUGUUUAAUGCAAGGAACGCCCCCCUCAACUCACAAUUAAAAUAAUACCAAUAAUCUCAUUCAUCCUCUGCUUUACGUUCACUGAAUCUGUCUCACCUCGGGGUGGUGAUGACAUUGACCUUCAAGUUUCUGCAUUUUGCUGCUGCUUUCAUGAUAUCUGUAACAACUUAACAAUAAGUCUAGUGCACCUUUUCAAUCACAUGCAUAAAGAAAAGACAAGAUAGGCAAAAAUGUGAGAUUCUCUUAACGACAUUAAAUGCAAUAAGGACAUAGACAGGACAUUAAUUUGUGUAGUCACGGUAUCAUUUUAUUGUCAAUCUCUGUUCUUUUUUAUAUUUGGAAGUCAUUGUUUAUUAUAAAUGUAAAAUGAGAAGUGCAAGGCUGAGAGAAAUGCAAUAUGAUCAGUGUCUUUUGUAUCUUUCUCACAGGCUGGUCAUUGCUAAAAGGACACAUGAUAGAGAUCAGGAUGGCACCGUGUAGCUGAGCUUAGUCUCAUCAAAACCUUUUUUUUUUUCUUGCAGCAUUUGGAUUUCAGGGAUGAAUGACUUCAUGAUGCAAUAGACUCCAUAUAUCAUUUGAAAGUUUGUGUUGAAAGGAGAAACCGGCGACAAAGCAGAGGCGAGUUAAGUGAGAAGAGAGAAGAUAAGGGAAUGUGCUGACAUUGGUAGUGAAACUAAGCUUAGGCCUCUAUAUAGUUCCUCCUUAUUCAGGGAAAACAUACAACUUCAUAGAAUGGAAAUAGAAAGCAUUAACCAACUUAUUGCUUCUUUCAUCCUUGCACUUUUGGCAGCAGCAACAUAUUGUCAUCUUCUGAAUAAUGUUAUUAUGGAGGUCUUUAAAUAAGCUUUGGUUGAAGUAAAUCUAGAUAUUGGACAGUUUUGGAUACAGUAGAAAACUUCAUCAAGAGGCAUCCCAAGCCAGAGACAGCACCAUCACGGUUUUCUCGGGCCCAGCACAGGCGUCCGUUGCAGAAGUACAGCAGCUCAGACGACUGAGACGCCUCAUCAGACGUCUCAAAUUCACUAUCAAAGCAACAGCGGUUCUUUAAAAGGUUUUUGGCUUAUUUAGACUUUACAAACACCAUGAAACACUAUGUGAAAUCAGAGGGAUAGGACUGAAUGACUUUAGCAAAUGUUCUAUCUUCUUCUGGAUUUUAAGAGUGGAUAUGAAGAGGUGAGAUUCUCACCACAGCUACAUUAAAUCCUGACCCUAACCUCAGAGUUUAAGAUUAGACAUCUUCAUGGAAGCCUCACUUACUGAACAUCAUAUGCUCUUCCAAUGUACCACUGUACAAAAAAAAAAAGAUCUUUUAAAGAAAAAUACUGGGAAAUGGGACUAUUUAUUUCUUUUAAUUUAUUUUGUCAUAUUUUUGUAAGACCUGAAAAAUAGUUAAUAAAACUAUUUCAAAUGCA